AUGUUUAUCAGUUUUACUUCAAGCCGUGGUGGUUUCAAAAUGCUCUACCCGACUUCAAUUCUUUGGUGUGUGUUUACUGAGGUUAAAAUGAACGGUUUGAACGGACACAGCAACGGCGAGAUGAAUGGCGCCGGGGACAUCAUCACACAGAACCAGCAGCGAGGCUGGUGGACCAUCGGGCUCAUCAACUCGCGUUACCGCUACCUCACCGCGGAGACAUUCGGCUUCAAAAUCAACGCGAACGGUACCAGCCUCAAGAAGAAACAAAUUUGGACCCUUGAGCCUGCAUCCGGAAACGCCAACGACAGCAUGAUCUACUUGCGCUCUCAUUUGGACAAGUACUUGGCAGUGGACUCCUUCGGCAACGUGACCUGCGAGUCUGAGGAGAAGGAGGCCGGCAGCAAGUUCCACAUCAGCGUUUCUGAAGACGGCACUGGGCGAUGGGCUCUGCGUAACGUGGAGCGUGGCUAUUUCCUGGGCUCCAGCUCGGACAAGCUCACCUGCACCGCCAAGGUGCCAGGCGACGCGGAGCUGUGGCACGUGCACCUCGCCGCUAGACCACAGGUUAAUCUUCGUUCAAUCGGACGCAAACGCUUCGCCCACCUCUCGGAGUCAUUGGACGAGAUCCACGUGGACGCCAACGUGCCGUGGGGCGAGGACACGCUGUUCACGCUGGAGUUCCGAGCAGACGAAGGCGGAAAAUACGCCUUGCAUACCUGCAACAACAAGUACCUCAGCGCCGGUGGAAAGUUGCUGGACACUUGCACGUCGGAGUGUCUCUUCAGCGCGGAGUACCACUCCGGUGCGUUGGCCUUACGGGACGCCAGCGGUGCGUAUCUCGCGCCCAUCGGCUCCAAGGCCGUGCUGAAGACGCGCUCCACGAACGUUACACGUGACGAGCUCUUCUCACUGGAGGACAGCUUGCCGCAAGCCGCCUUUGUCGCUGCACUCAAUGACAAAUACGUCUCCGUCAAACAGGGUGUGGACGUGACGGCUAACCAGGACGAGAUCUCGUCCCACGAGACAUUCCAGCUGGAGUUCGACUGGGGCACGCGGCGUUGGUACAUCCGCACCAUGCAGGACCGCUACUGGACCCUCGAGGUUGGCGGCGGCAUUCAGGCUAGCGGGGACAACAAGUCUUCCAACGCUCUGUUCGAGCUGGAGUGGCAGGGCUCGGGCGCGGUCGCGUUCCGCGCCAACAACGGCAAGUACAUCACCACCAAGCGCUCCGGACACCUAUACGCGAACGCGGACACCGUCGACGACAACUGCAAAUACUACUUCUAUCUCAUCAACAGGCCGAUCCUGGUGUUGAAAUGUGAACAGGGCUUCGUCGGAUCAAAGGGCGUGAAGCUCGAGUGCAAUAAGGCCAACUACGAGACCAUCCAGGUCAUCCGUGGUCCCAAGGGCGAAGUUUACUUCAAGGGUCAGAACGGGUUGUACUGGCACGCGGACGGCGAGGGCGUGUCGUGCGACGCGGAGCAGCCGCAGGGCUUCCACCUGGAGCUGCGUGAACCCACGCGCCUGGCCGUACGCGAGGCGCGCUCCGGCGCCUACCUCGCUGCGCACAAGAACGGCGCCUUCCGCCUCGCCGCGCCCGACCUCGCCUCCGCCACGCUCUGGGAGUACUAA